GAUAAUUUUCAUCCGGUGUCAUUAGUUUACUUAUACGUGAUAUAAGUGCGCUCACUUGGUGGUAUCGCAAUGAGCCGUCGGCUGGCCAAGUUGCACAAACCGUGCGACAAACUGGAUAAGUACGAUAAUGAGCCGUACAUGCAGAAUCCAUUGUUGAAUUUGUUCCUUUCCGAAAUCAAGGAGCGACGCCAUUACACUUUCAUCCAGAGAAAAGCGGCAGUGGAAAAAGUCAAACUAUGUCGCCGAAAGACUGAAGACUUGGACGACAUUAUACCCAAACCAGAAUCGUACUACGCAGACCAACUGCGUGAGCAUGCCAAGCGUGCUCCGGUUCCGAAAAUGCUUUCAAAAACCGAAGCAAAGAUUCUAUCGUACGUUCCGAAGCGCUUGCGACAGCAAUAUCCUACCGUCUUGGAUGCUUACAUGGUGGACGUUCAUGAGGACUUUGAUAAAGUUAUGAAAGCUUUCAGCUGUCAGAAAAUAUUCAAACCCGGUCCUGAUGACUAUGUUCCGCCUAGGGAAAAAUUUGAAUUCAAACGUCUCGGGCGAACGGCAAACUAUAAACACUUUCUCAAGCACAGGGCAAUCCUCCAGAAAAAUCUACUGAUUCCGUAUCCGUUCAUUCGCUGUAUCAUUCACUACUCCUAUACCGACUUCCCGCCGGUUCUGAACGAUUACACCAAGUAUAGGAUGUCAGCGGAGAUAACCCUGAAUGAGCUUCGCGAUUUGGCCAAGAAGGAAUUACAAACCAACAAUACUCUCAUCGCUCAAGAAUGGUAUCCGAAGAUCUCGCGAAUCCUGAAGAAACAUUUCGAUCGUCGUACGCUGCCAAAAUCCAUGUGGCCGAAGGUGAUCAGUUGCGCAUCCAGUUUGAUCAACCGCCAGCUGACUGAGUUGAAAUUGCGCACCAUCGAGCAUCUUGAGAAGACCGUUCUCAAUGUUCACAAAAUUCCACAAAUGAAAAUCCUUGCCAUUUGUGACGAUGGAAUUGAUCUGUUCCCGAGUUUAAACGACAUUUACAGCGUGUAUCAGAAUGCGAUUGAGGACAUUGCUGCCGUUGGAUCACGCAUGGAACCACUCGAGAACGUGAUCGAUGCUCAGGCAUUUGUGACUAAGGCAAAUUUUAUGAAAAUUGGAAUCGGUGACAUAUCCCUGCAGGAGAAGCAUGACGAACUGCAGCUUGCUCUGGAAAAGGCGUUCGAACCGCUGGCCAGUUACCUGCAGGACUUCCAAGAGCAAUUUGCAGGGUUGAUCAGCAAGGAGACUCGCGAUGAACUGGAUGAGUUUCUUAGUGAGUCCCGCUCGUUUGAUGAAUAUCUGCAGAAGAUUGAGGAUUUUCAAGCGUACAACGAGAUGAUAAAGAAUCUGGUGAUGAAAGAGUACUUCUAUGUGGCCAUCGUGAAUCAAUCGGAUGCUAUCGGUAGUUUGCGAAAAAUUGUCCGGGAGUACAUUGAGCGGAUCGCGGGAAGUGUUGCGGUGGAACAUAGGAAGGAGAGUCGACGGAUUUGCCAAGAGUUUGAAGAGAUUAAGGACCGUGCGUUGGAGAUUCCCACGUCGACUGAGCAGCUGAUGGCAAACGGUGAAUAUAUGACACAUGUUAAGACGGUAGUGAUUGAAGAGUUGAGGGAAAGAAUUCAAGCAUCGAUGAGGGUGGGUGCUCAGUUGGUAGAAUCAAUUGAGUUACCUCCAGACCACAUGGAUAUACAGGUGGAAAGUAUCAAUUGGUAUUUUCGCAUACAAGCCAUUUUCGACGUUAACUCUUCCAACUUUGAGACAUACAAGUUCCAGUUCGAGGAAAAACUUCAGGAAGUUACGAAACAGCUGGUUGAGAAAAUGGAGGAGAUGCUUCCAAACAUUGCGAUAAUUAACGAUAUGACGGAAGCGGAAAAAUUCCGGGACUAUGUGAUGCUCCUGCAGGGUUACAUUGAUGAGAUUUUUGUGUUCGAGGACUAUGUCAAGUGGAUCAACAAGGAAGAGGUGCUGUUCAAGUUUCCCAAAUCUCAGUAUCCGGUGUUGGAAGCGAUCAAGACAUUUAUUGUUCCAUUUUACAAAUUAAUCAGGUUAUGCAUGCGCUGGCAACGAUACUACAACGUAUGGAUGGAUGGCCCUUUCGAAUAUCUUGAACCACACUUUGUCGAGUCCAAAACUGAAGAAUUUUUGAAGGAAUUCCAAAAAACACAAAAGUACUACCGCAACCGUAUCAAGGCGGACAUGUUGGAGAACACUCUGUGCAAGUUUAGGGGUCAAACAGAAGAUCCUGAUCCGGAGAAACAUCCAUGUCCGCUGAAACUGUGCGCCCGCAUGACACAAUCGAUCAAAGACUUUCACCUGGGCGUCUACAUCGUCAACAUCAUGUGCAAUCCGGCUUUGAAAGAUCGCCACUGGGAUGAGAUGUCGGAACUCGCUGGAUUCGAUUUGACCCCGGAUGCCGGAACUACUCUACGCAAGAUCAUCAUGUAUGAUAUGGAGAAAGAUUUGGACAAGUUUGAAAUAGUUAGCAUUGGCGCGAUCAAAGAACUACAGUUGCAAAAAAACUUGGCGGCCAUGAUAAAAGAGUGGGAAUCAAUCGAGUUCAAAUUGAAUUCAUUCAAGGACACUAAUAUAAACAUUCUCUCCGGAUUGGAUGAAAUUCAAUCGGUAUUGGAUGAUCAUAUCAUCAAGACCCUGGCGAUGCGUGGUUCUGCUUUCGUGAAACCAUGUGAAAAGGAGGUUAGAGAUUGGUAUGGAACGUUAACCAGGGUGAACCAAACAAUCGAACAAUGGGGUAAAGUACAAAGCACGUGGUUGUAUUUACUGCCGAUUUUUUCCUCGGCGGACAUUGUGGCACAGAUGCCGAAUGAGGGACGAAUGUUCCAGCAGGUAGAUAAAACGUAUCGAAUUUACAUGAAGAUUGUCGAAGGGAAUCGAUCCGUGAUUAACAUAGCGGCUGCUAAAGGCGUUCUGGAAGCUUUGGAGCAAUCAAACGAACUGAUGGAGGAAAUCACGAAUGGGGUCAACGAGUACUUGGAAAAGAAGCGACUGUAUUUUCCGAGAUUUUUCUUCCUAUCGAAUGACGAAAUGUUGGAGAUUUUAUCCGAGACGAAGGACCCGCUAAGGGUUCAACCCCAUCUAAGCAAAUGUUUUGAAGGCAUAAAUCGUCUUGAGUUUGACCAAGCAUUGGACAUACGAUCUAUGUUUAGUAUUGAGAAAGAACAGGUGCAAUUUGUUGAGAAGGUAUCAACUUCUGAGGCUCGUGGUAGCGUGGAAAAAUGGUUGGUUCGUGUAGAAUUUGAAAUGCUGAAUGCUGUACUGAAUCAGAUAAACGAAAGCCAUCGUUCGUAUAAAGAGAAGCAACGUAGUUCAUGGGUACUCGAUUGGCCGGGGAUGGUUGUUCUGUGCGUGUCGCAAAUUUACUGGGCAGCGAAUAUUACCGUUUGCCUAGGACAGAAACCAGACGUUAUCGAGAAAUUAUUUCAGCAGCUACAAAUUGAACUGAUGGAUGUUGUGAAGUUGAUUCGAUCGAAAGAGAUAACCAAUCUGGACCGAAUCACGAUCAAAGCAUUGAUUGUUAUUGAUGUACAUGCGAAGGAUGUCGUUGAUGAUAUGAUCAAACAGCAGGUUCAUUCGGAGAAUGACUUCCAAUGGUUAGCCCAACUGCGCUAUUAUUGGAGCGAGAAAGAGGUCACCGUGAAGAUCAUCAACGCAUCGGUGCGGUUCGCUUGUGAAUAUCUUGGAAACUCAGAUCGACUGGUCAUAACUCCACUGACAGAUCGCUGCUAUCGAACGUUGAUGGGCGCGUAUCAACUGCACUUGAAUGGAGCUCCCGAAGGCCCAGCCGGCACGGGAAAGACAGAAACUACCAAAGAUCUUGCCAAAGCGCUAGCUGUUCAAUGCAAAGUGUUCAACUGUUCAGAUGGAUUGGAUUACAAAGCAAUGGGGAAGUUUUUCAAGGGAUUAGCUGCCUCCGGAGCGUGGGCAUGCUUCGACGAGUUCAAUCGGAUUGAGCUAGAAGUCUUGUCAGUAGUAGCACAGCAAAUCUUAUGUAUCGUAGUGGCUGUCCGAGCCGGCUUGCAAAAAUUCAACUUUGAGGGAACCGAGCUGAAUCUGAAUCCAGCCUGCUACGUAUGCAUAACAAUGAAUCCAGGAUAUGCAGGUCGCUCAGAGCUACCGGACAACCUGAAGGUACUCUUUCGGACUGUUGCAAUGAUGGUUCCAGACUAUGCAAUGAUUGGAGAAAUUUCUUUGUACUCCUUCGGAUUUACUAAUGCUCGAACCCUAUCGGUGAAGAUUGUUACUACCUAUCGACUCUGUUCGGAGCAACUUUCUUCGCAAAAUCAUUACGAUUACGGUAUGCGGGCUGUUAAAACAGUUUUGCAAGCUUGUGGUAAUUUGAAAAAGUCCUUUCCUGAUGAAGACGAGGAAAUUUUACUGCUUAGGUCACUGCUAGAUGUAAACUUGCCAAAGUUUUUGCGAAAGGACGUCCCAUUGUUCGAAGGAAUUAUUUCCGAUCUGUUCCCUGGGGUAAAAAUUCCGGACGCGGACUAUACAAUGCUCACUAAUGCUUUCAACGAUGUGUGCAAAGAUUUGAAUCUGCAACCUAAGGAUACGUUCCUAACGAAGGUCAUACAAACGUACGAAAUGAUAAUUGUACGUCACGGGUUUAUGAUGGUUGGUCAUCCGUUCUCUGGAAAAUCCAUGACGUUGAAGGUACUUGCCGAGUGUCUAACCAAGCUGAGAGGUAAAAGUGACAAUCCGUACUUUCAACGUGUGCUCUACGACGUGGUUAAUCCUAAGGCUAUUACCAUGGGUCAGUUAUAUGGAGCUUUUGAUCCAAUAUCGUACGAGUGGACUGACGGAAUUGCAUCUACCAUUUUCCGAAAGUUUGCUAUCGAUACCAAACCAGAUCGCAAAUGGCUGAUCUUCGAUGGACCGGUAGAUGCUGUUUGGAUCGAGAACAUGAAUACCGUGCUGGAUGAUAACAAGAAGCUCUGUCUGACAUCCGGAGAAGUGAUCACUAUGUCCGGAGAAAUGUCGAUGAUAUUUGAGGUGAUGGACCUUGAACAGGCUUCGCCAGCAACAGUUUCCAGAUGUGGAAUGAUAUUCAUGGAACCGUCAGUAAUUGGAUGGGAGGCUUUUGCCCAGUCCUGGAUUGACAAGUGUAGCAAACAGUGGACGACAGACUGGGAGGAUUUUCUGAUGGAUAUCUUCCGUUGGGUGAUUCCGGAUUGUCUGAGGUUUAUCAGACGACAGUGCAAACAGUUUCUCUAUCCGGGCGAUAUCAACUUGCUCAUGUGCACGUUGAAUCUAUUUCAAAUGGUGAUCGAUGAGGCGAUCAACGAAAGCCCCGAUGAGUAUGCCAAGUUUCUCUUCACGUGGUUCCAAGCGGCGUUGAUGUAUUCUGUUAUUUGGGGCUUGGGAGGUCUGUUGGAUAUGGAAUCGAAAAUCAAAUUUGAUGAGUUCUAUCGAGAGAUCUGGAAGGGAACCGACGAGAAUCAUCCAGUGCCAGACACACUGGGAAAGAUAGAUGUGUCAAUGCCUGGCGAGGGAAUGAUCAUAGACUACGUGUAUUAUUUCAAACAGAAAGGCAACUGGCGCUACUACCCGGACAUAGUUAGACAGAUGAAAAAUGAAGUUGGUAUAACACUUUUGGUCCCAACACUGGAUUCAGUUCGAUACAUGCAUAUUAUCGAUAUGCACAUUAAGAACAAGAAACCUCUUCUUCUGGUAGGACCAACGGGCACCGGAAAGACUUACUACUUCCAAAACUACCUGCUCAGUAAAAUGGAUCAAGAGUCGUUCCUUCCCACUUUGAUCACAUUCACUUCUCAGAUAACGGCUAACCAAACCCAAGAGCUAAUCAUCUCCAAACUCUUGAAAAAGAAACGCGGGUUAUACGGACCACCGGACAAGAAAACCUGUGUUCUGUUCAUAGACGACAUGAACAUGCCGGCAAAGGAGAUCUACGGGGCGCAACCGCCGAUCGAAUUGAUCCGACAAUAUUUCGACUACGCCCACUGGUACGAUCUGAAAGAUGCAACGAAACUCUUUUUACUGGACAUUCUUGUGAUGACGGCUUGUGGACUUCCGGGAGGAAGUCGUCAGAAUGUUUACGAAAGAUUUCUGUGCCAUUUUGACGUAUUUGCCAUCAGCAAUUUCAACGACGAGACCAUGUUUAAAAUUUUCACAAACGUUCUUCUGGAUGGGUACAGAAAGGGAGGCCACGCAACCGACGUCACAACGAUGGUGAACAUGAUGGUGAACGCUACUCUGGAUACGUAUCAGUUUGCGUGUGCCAAGCUGUUGCCGACACCGGCCAAGUCGCAUUACAUUUUCAAUUUAAGAGAUGUAUCACGUGUGAUAAGUGGAUGCUCUAUGUUGAAACGCGAAUCCGUCGAGAGUAAGAAAAUAUUCCCGAGAUUGUGGAUGCACGAAGCUAUGCGGGUAUUUUACGAUCGUUUGGUGGAUGAUGCGGAUCGGUUGUUCGUUAUCGACAAGUUAAAUCAAAACUUGAAAACAUUUUUCAAAGAAAACCCUGCGCAAUUACUGCCAGAUUUUUUUAAUGAACAAACCGGAGCGAUAGUGUUGGGUAAUUUGAAUAACCUUUUGUUCGGAAGUUACCUUGAUGUUGAUGCAGAGAUGGAAGAUCGCAAGUACGAGGAGACGCCGAACAUGGAACAGUUUAAAGAUUUGGCUAAGCGAGAUCUAGCGGAGUACAACAGCACGCAUAAAUCGAAAAUGGACAUCGUUCUCUUUCAGUACGCAUUACAACAUCUGAAUAAAAUCUGUCGUAUUAUGUCAAUGCCUGGUGGAAGCUGUAUGUUGGUCGGAAUGGGUGGUUCCGGGCGACAGUCUCUUACGAAGUUGGCAGCUCAAAUUUGCGGUCAGUCGUUGUUCCAACCGGAGAUUACUAAAUACUACGGAAUCAACGAAUGGCGUGAAGACUUGAAAAAAGUACUGAAAGAAGCAGGUGGAAUGGGACGUGAUACCGUGUUUCUACUCACUGAAGCCCAGUUGAAAGAGGAAGCAUUUCUUCAGGAUAUCGAUUGCCUUCUGAACCUUGGCGAAGUGCCCAACAUUUACCCCAUAGAUGAGAAACAAGAAAUUCUUGAAAUGGUACGAUUGGCGGCCCAAGGAGGAAACCGAAACUUAGACGUCAGUCCACUGGAAGUAUUCCAGUUCUUCAUCAAUCGAUGUAAGCAAAAACUGCACAUUGUAAUCUGCUUCAGUCCCAUUGGAUCUUCUUUGCGAAACAGAAUUCGUAUCUAUCCUUCGCUGGUUAACUGUUGCACAAUCGAUUGGUUCGAUGCGUGGCCGGAAGACGCUCUGGAAAAGGUAGCCGAGAUGUACAUGAAAGAGCUUAAUGUUGCUGCUGAGGUCAAAGAAUCCAUAGUAGUAACUUGUAAGCACUUCCAUGUUGUUGCUCGGGAAGCUUCGGCAGAAUUCACGAAUAGUACAGGCCGUGUUACUUAUGUUACAUCCGCGUCCUACCUAGAGCUAAUAAAGUGUUUCCGAAAUCUGACCAAAAAACAUCAAACGGAAAUUAUGGAUAAUAAGAUGCGUUACUUGGGGGGACUUGAGAAAUUGGAUGCCGCAGCAGAUGCCGUUUCUGUAAUGCAGAAGGAAUUAAAUGCCCUACAGCCAACGCUUAUCAUAAUGGCCGAACAGUCGCGGAAGAUGACAGAAGAAAUUGAAAAGGAAUCGAUAGAAGCCGCAGCCGCUACGGAACAGGUUAAGAAAGAUGAAGUGGUGGCCAAUGUUCAGGCUGCCGAAGCGCAAGUGUUGAAAGCAGACUGCGAAAAGGAUUUGGCAGGUGCGAUUCCCAUUUUGGAAGAAGCAAUUCAGGCUUUGAACACUCUGAAACCAAAUGACAUAUCUUUGGUGAAGUCGAUGAAGAAUCCACCGGAAGUGAUCAAGUUAGUCAUGGCGGCGGUAUGCGUGAUGAAAGGUAUUGCCCCAGAUAAGGUGGCGGAUCAGGCAACAGGCAAAAAGAUGCUUGAUUACUGGGGUCCGAGCAAACGAUUAUUGGGGGAUAUGGCUUUCUUGCAAACUUUGAAAGAUUUCGAUAAGGACAACAUAAAUCUCGAAGUUAUGAAGAAAAUUCGGAAGGAGUACAUUCCACACAAAGACUUUCAGCCUCAUAUUGUGUCGAAGGCAUCAAGUGCAGCCGAAGGUCUGUGCAAGUGGAUCAUUGCCAUGGAUUUGUAUGAUGCUGUAGCUAAAAUUGUGGCACCGAAGAAGGAGAAACUUAGGCUUGCAGAGAAGGAGUACUCGGAAACCAUGGAGCUGCUAAACGAAAAGCGGCAACUCGCGAUUAAUCUGGAGCUGAGGGUAGCAGAAUUGAACGAAAACUUGGAUGAAGCAAAUCGUCGCAAACAGGAAGUGGAAGAUGAGGUCCAGCUGUGCAAGGAUAAAUUACAACGAGCCGAAACUCUGAUAGGAGGUCUCGGAGGUGAGAAGAACAGGUGGAUAGCUUCGGCGGAGAGACUUCAACAGUUGUACGAUAGUUUGGCUGGUGAUAUUCUGGUGUCUAGUGGAGUAAUUGCUUACCUAGCUCCAUUGAACACGGACUACCGGAACCGAUGUAUUGUUGAUUGGCAUGGAUUUGUUCGUUCGAUGAAGAUACCUUGCUCGGAAACAUACAGUUUAUUGGAUAUACUAGGAUCGAUGAUCAAGAUUCAAGCCUGGAAUAUUGCGGGACUGCCAACGGAUGCAUUCUCGACAGAAAACGGUAUCAUAAUGGAUUGCUCCAGCAGAUACAGUUUGUUCAUUGAUCCGCAAUUUCAAGCGAACAAAUGGGUCAGAAACAUGGAAAGGAACAAUCAUUUGCAGAUCAUGAAGUUUUCUCAGCCCGAUUAUAUGAAACGGUUGGAGUCUUGCAUAGAGCACGGCUAUCCUGCGUUGAUCGAAAAUAUUUUCGAAGAUUUGGAAGCCCCUUUGGAUCCAUUGUUGAACCGCAACACCUUCGUUCAGGGUGGCGUCGAAUAUCUUAGCUUAGGGGACAAUGUUAUUGCCAUGUCGCCCAAAUUUCGACUUUAUUUGACAACUGGUCUGAGAAAUCCGCACUAUCUACCGGAAGUGUUCAACAAGGUGACGAUUAUCAAUUUUGCACUCACAAUGCAGGGUUUAGAGGAUCAACUGCUUGGAAUUGUGGUGGCAAAGGAACGACCAGAUCUACAGGAACUUCGUCAAAAUUUGAUCGUACAAGGGGCAAAGAAUGUAGCGAUGUUGAAAGAGGCAGAAGACAAAAUUUUGAAGACGUUAUCCGAGAGCAAGGGGGACAUUCUGGAAGACGAGAGUGCUAUCAAAAUUUUGGAUGAUUCGAAGCGGAUUUCCACUGAUAUCGUACGCAAGCAGGAGGAUUCUAAGGAAAUUGAAGUGAAGAUUGAAGCGUUUCGACAGAGCUACCGACCAGUCGCUGCGCACUCAUCGACGUUGUACUACUGCAUUACAGAGCUGCCGAACAUUGAUCCAAUGUACCAAUUUUCUUUGGCGUGGUUCGUACAUUUGUACAUCUAUUCGAUCGAGAAUGCUAACCGAACGAAGGAUCUUCCGCGGAGGUUGAAAUUUUUGAUGGACGCUGCAACACUGAAUCUGUACAAUAAUGUUUGCAGGUCACUAUUUGAAAAGGACAAACUUUUGUUUUCAUUCAUACUAACUACGAAGAUCAUGAUCUCGUGUAACCAAAUUGAUUUGAAGGAAUUUGAAUUUUUACUUAUUGAUGGUGAUAAAAGUGCCAUACAUCAGCAUAACCCAGAUAACAGCUGGAUAACCGAUAAGCUUUGGGGUGAUAUCUGUCGCUUAGAGCAACUGUCAGAGUUUUCUGGAUUUGUCGGUGAUUUUGUAAAAAACAAGAGUGCCUGGAAACGGUAUUACGAUGCUGAAGAUACGCACACCGAGAAACUUCCCAGUCCGUGGCAAGAGAAAACAAACCGAUUCGAAAAAUUAAUCGUACUGCGAACGUUCAGACCGGACAAGGUAGUACUUGCGAUAACGGAUUUCGUAGCAUCCGAAAUGGGACCAGCUUACGUACUACCUCCGCCAUUCGACAUAUCAAGAUCCUACGAGGAUUCCAACUGUUUGACACCUUUGAUCUUUAUUCUCUCCCCUGGUGCUGAUCCAAUGAACGCAUUGUUACUUUUUGCUGAGAAAAUGGGAUUCGAUGAAACGUUCCAAUCGAUAUCGCUUGGACAAGGACAAGGACCUAUUGCUCAGAAAAUAAUUGAGAAAGCACAGGUCGAAGGAACCUGGGUUUGUCUGCAGAACUGUCACCUGGCUGCCUCUUGGAUGCCGACUCUGGAGUUCCUUUGGGAAAACAUGGAUCUGUACAAUACAGUAUCUUCCUGUCGCUUGUGGUUGACGAGUUACCCAUCAGAGCAGUUUCCUACAAGUAUCCUGCAGAAUGGAAUUAAAAUGACCAAUGAACCACCGACUGGAUUGCAACAGAAUCUGCUUCGUUCGUAUAAUUCCGAGCCAAUGAACGACGACGUAUUCUACACGGGUUGUGCGGGAAAGGAUCGAGCUUUUUCCAAACUACUCUACGGUAUCUGUUUCUUCCAUGCGGUUGUCCAGGAGCGACGAAAGUUUGGUCCACUCGGAUGGAAUAUUCAGUACGGUUUCAAUGAGUCCGAUUUCCAAAUCUCUGUACUUCAGCUUCAGAUCUUCCUGAACCAGUAUGACGAUAUUCCGUAUAAUGCGAUUUCGUACCUAACCGGCGAGUGCAACUAUGGCGGUCGCGUAACGGACGCAUGGGAUCGACGAGCGAUCGUCACUAUCCUGGCGGACUACGUUAAUGAUAGGGUCGUGGGCGAUCCAAAUUAUCGCUUUUCGAACCAAGGCGACUGCUACGGAGUACCGCUAAGGAAUGAACAUCGCGAGUAUGUGGCACACAUAGGAAAUAAUGUUCCAAAUUUCCCCAGUCCAGCCGUUUACGGGCUUCAUCCGAAUGCUGGUAUUACGAGAGAUUUGAAUGCAGCGAAGGUAUUGCUGGAUUCUAUGCUGUUAACGCAAGGUGGAUCGUCAGAGAAAAGUGACGUUGACAAGGAAAAAAGCAUUCUGGUGACCAUCGAGAACAUCCAGAGUCGUCUUCCUCCUGAUUAUGAUAUCGAACUGGCGAAAAGCAAGUAUCCGGUCGACUAUAAUGAGUCUAUGAAUACUGUGCUCGUCCAGGAAAUGGAAAGAUUCAAUAAUCUACUGCAAGAAAUUCGUUCGAGCUGUAUCAACCUGAAGAAAGGAAUCGCUGGAUUGAUUGUGUUGACUCCGGAGUUGGAGGCAGUGUUUAACUCUCUCAAUUAUAAGAAGAUUCCGGACAGUUGGAUGAGAAAGUCCUACCCAAGUUUGAAGCCGAUUGGAGGGUACAUUAGUGAUUUUCUGGAGCGAUUAGCUUUCCUGGAGUCUUGGUAUCGGACGGGAAAACCGAAUGUAUUCUGGAUAUCUGGAUUUUACUUUACCCAGGCGUUCCUUACAGCAGCAAUGCAGAACUACGCCAGGAAGUAUCGUAUCCCGAUAGACAUCUUGACCUUCGAUUUUGAUGUAUUACGCGUCACAUCUGUUAGUUCAACACCGGAAAACGGAGUCUACAUUCACGGACUUUUCUUGGACGGGGCAAAGUGGAACGUUAGAGGCAGUUACCUCGAGGAACAGCUUCCUAAGAUGCUUAUCGAUGUUAUGCCGAUUAUUCAUCUAAUUCCUUGUAAAACUGCAGAGCUCGAAGAAGGAACCCGGUACAAAUCACCAGUUUACAAAACUGCCGAACGGAAGGGUACUCUUUCAACAACCGGCCAUUCAACAAACUACGUGAUACCCAUAUUGCUGGGGACUCGACUGCCCAGUGCCCAUUGGGUCAAGCGAAGUGUUGCGCUGCUCUGUCAGUCAUCCGAGUGAUAUUUUUAACAAAGAUUUUUGAAGACAUUUAUUAUAGAGAUUGAGAGUUGCUAUUGCACGAAAUAGUACUGUAAAC